AUGAACCCUCAUACCAACAGCAAAAAGCAGAUACUAUCGAGGAUAGAAAAUGCUUUUCGAGUUACAGACAGCCAACUAAAUGACCUUGUGCUCGGUUUCAAUGAAGAAAUGAAAGCUGGUUUAGACAUUACAAACCGUGCAACGAAGAGCAGUGAAUUAAAGAUGAUCCCAUCCUAUGUUACAGGCUACCCCACAGGUAAUGAAAAGGGCACUUAUUUGGCACUCGAAAUCAGUGGUGUGGAUAUCUAUGUCUGCCAAGUGAAAUUAAAAGGUGAAGGUGGAAAGCUCGCUAUCAAUCAAUAUCAAUACAAAAUCCCGGAUAACUUGACGGCAGGCGACGAUAUUGGUGUCCUGAUCGACUAUGUUGCUGAUUGUGUAGCUGAUUUCCAACAACGCGUAGGCACACACAAACAAACCGUCUACAGUAUGGCUAUCAGUAUUGGCUUUGCCGUGUUGCAAACAGGCCUUGACAAGGGAAUCAUUAUUGCACUUGAACAUGGCUUUGAGUUUCCAAAUGUCAUUGGCUGCGAUGCGGUGGAUCUAUUUGAUAGACGAUUUAGAGCCAAGGGACUAGCUGUCAAAAUUGUAGCUAUAGCAAACGACGGCGUCUGUACCCUCCUGGCCCACGCAUAUCAACAUCCAUCGACUCGUAUUGGCGUCAUUCACAGUGCAGGCACGAAUUGCGCGUAUUACGAUAAAAUGUCCAAUAUUGGGCAGUUUCGAGACGUAGAGCAUCAGGAACACGACAUGAUCAUCAACACAGAAUGGUGCAAUAUUGGCUCCAGACAUUUACCCAAGACAGAAUUCGACGCAUUAUUGGAUCAGCAAUCAAACAAUCCCGGCAUACACAGCUUUGAAAAGAUGACAACUGGCAUGUAUCUCGGCGAAAUCACUCGUCAAGUCCUGGUGCACUUGAUCAAUGAAAAAGUGCUGUCGUUUGACUUGGAUCAAGAAGAAGACGACGAAUGCCUGCUGUUACUGCCUUACCAGUUUGACACAAGCUACAUGUACGUAUGCGAAGCAGAUGUUGACGAUUUGGAGGAUACACGAUUGGUGUUGGAGGACAUGUGCCGAGUGGGUGAAACGACGCUGGAGGAUAGAAAAAUUGUGAAAAAGGUGUGUGAGCUGGUUGGACAUCGUGCUGCUCUGUUGCUGGGCGCAAGUAUCGCAAGUGUUGUGAAAUAUAUGGUGGAAUAUGGUAUUGGAAUUGAUGAUGAUCAAGGAUUUGCGAUUGCCAUCAGCGGCGAUGUCUACAAAGAUUACCCAUCGUUUCAUCCUCGUGUCUGUGAAGCCAUCAAGGACUUGAUCCCUGAGCAAGUGGCAUCCAAACUAUCAGUCGGUAUCGUGCAACACUCACGUAUUGUGGGUGCUGCCAUUGUAGCCAUGAUGGCAGAGAAAAUGGAUCAACAAGAUACAGUCAUGGACUAA